CCUGCCUGCCAACUAACCAGCCAACCAGACAAGGUAGUUUCUUUGACUUUCUGUAUCUCAUUCCACCUUAUCUCCGUUUGGGUUAGUUGUGUGUGCGUGUGUGCCUGUCUACAGCUAGCAGCGGGCAGUGAAGUCAGGAAGUGCUUGAGUCGAGAAACAAAAAUAUUUAGGGGAAGAAAAACACCUAAACCAACUGAAGUAACUACCCCCCAAACGAAAUAUUCCUCAAGCAAAGUAGAAGGAAUCUCGCAGUUCUGUAUAUAUUCCAUCGAUUAGUUCAGAAUAAAAAAGUUUUGUUGCAAAUCGUAACUGUUUCAGAUCAACCAUGGAUGUUUGCAAGCAGAAAAUGAAAUCCCUUCGCCUUGAGGCGGAAACGGCCAAGGAAAAAGCAGACGAAUUUGAAAAGAAGCUUAAAGAAGCGGAGCAAGCAAAAUUCUUGUUGGAACAAGAUUUGACAGCAUGGCAGAAAAAAUAUAGUAGUUUAGAAAAUGAACUAGACAAUGUAACUCGAGAGUUGGAAAGAAUACAGGAUAUAGAGAAAGCGAAGAACAAGCUGGAUGACGAGUUGGUCUGGCAGCAGAAGAAAUAUGCCAUCUUAGAACAGGACUUGGACAAUGCUCAGAAUGAAUUGGAGAAGGUAAAGGAUUGUUAUGCUGCUAAGGAAAAAACGGAAGAAGAACUUACAUGGCUUCAGAAAGCACACACUAACGUAGAGAAAGAUCUCGAUGAUGUGACUUCUAAACUCGAAAACACCGCUGACCGCUUGGAUGGCUCUGAACAGAAAGUGUCCGAACUUGAAGCUGAGAUCCAGGCUCUCCAUCGUCGUAUCCAAAUGCAAGAAAUGGACUUGACUCGUAGUGAAGAGAUGCUUGAAUUGAAGAGUGUAAAAGAAGAGACCAACCAGGAGAAAUUGAGUGAAGCCGAGUUGCGAGCGUCCACAGCCGAAGCGAACGUGACCCGACUGGAAGGAGAAAUCGAUAGGUUGGAGACGGAAGUACAGGCCGAAAAAGACAAAUACCAAGUUUUGUGUGACGAUUUGGAAACUGCGUACGCCGAACUGUCAGUUUAAGAAGUUUAUCUUUAUUUCUCUCCUUCUUCUUCUGCUGUAUGAAUUUUCUGAUUUCUCCUUUCUCCACACCACUCCAAUCUUUUCACCUUUUCCUUCUCUUGUCUAAUGACUGCCCAAUCUUGUUGACACGCUUAAGACAUUGCCAUUGUGAUUACGCUAUUACAAUUAAGACACGAGCAACAACAACAACAACAACAACAACAUCAACAACACCAACAUCAGCAACAACAUCGAUCGCAACAAUGACUACAUUUCUGACAAGACCAAAAAGUGAAUAUAUACUUAAAACCUUCGAAAUGUUCAACGUUAAGAAGAUGCUUUGAUAUCCGAACCCAUGGCAAUUCUUGUGAAUAAAGUUGAGUAAAUUCAUCUGCAGUCAUCAGACAACCCUUACCUAUAACAGGAAG